GGCGGCCCCCCUCUUUCGGCCCGGCCAUCUUGUGGGAAGAGCUGAAGCAGGCGCUUUUGGCUCGGCGCGGUCCGCUGCAAUCCGUGGAGGAACGCGCCGCCGAGCCACCAUCAUGCCUGGGCACCUACAGGAAGGCUUCGGCUGCGUGGUCACCAACCGAUUCGACCAGCUAUUUGACGACGAAUCGGACCCUUUCGAGGUACUGAAGGCAGCAGAGAACAAGAAAAAAGAAGCCGGCGGGGGCGGCGUUGGGGGCCCCGGGGCCAAGAGCGCGGCUCAGGCCGCGGCCCAGACCAACUCCAACGCGGCGGGCAAACAGUUGCGUAAAGAGUCCCAGAAAGACCGCAAGAACCCGCUGCCCGCCAGCGUCGGCGUGGCCGACAAGAAGGAGGAGACGCAGCCGCCGGUGGCGCUUAAGAAAGAAGGAAUAAGGCGAGUUGGAAGAAGACCUGAUCAACAACUUCAGGGUGAUGGAAAAGUAAUUGAUAGGAGAGCAGAAAGGCGACCACCCCGUGAAAGAAGAUUUGAAAAGCCACUUGAAGAAAAAGGUGAAGGAGGUGAAUUUUCAGUUGAUAGACCGAUUAUCGAACGGCCUAUCCGAGGCCGAGGUGGUCUUGGAAGGGGUCGAGGAGGCCGUGGACGUGGAAUGGGCCGAGGCGAUGGAUUUGAUUCUCGUGGCAAGCGUGAAUUUGAUAGGCAUAGUGGAAGUGAUAGAUCUUCUUUUUCACAUUACAGUGGCCUGAAGCAUGAGGACAAACGCGGAGGUAGCGGAUCUCACAACUGGGGAACUGUCAAAGAUGAAUUAACAGAGUCACCCAAAUACAUUCAGAAACAAAUAUCUUAUAAUUGCAGUGAUUUGGAUCAAUCAAAUGUGACUGAGGAAACACCUGAAGGUGAAGAGCACCCUGUGGCAGAUACUGAAAAUAAGGAGAACGAAGUUGAAGAGGUUAAGGAAGAGGGUCCAAAAGAGAUGACUUUGGAUGAGUGGAAAGCUAUUCAAAAUAAAGACCGAGCAAAAGUAGAAUUUAAUAUCCGAAAACCAAAUGAAGGUGCUGAUGGACAAUGGAAAAAGGGAUUUGUUCUGCAUAAAUCAAAAAGUGAAGAGGCUCAUGCUGAAGAUUCAGUUAUGGACCAUCAUUUCCGGAAGCCAGCAAAUGAUAUAACGUCUCAACUGGAGAUCAAUUUUGGAGACUUAGGCCGCCCAGGACGUGGUGGCAGAGGAGGACGUGGUGGACGUGGACGUGGUGGACGUCCAAACCGUGGCAGCAGGACUGAUAAGUCAAGUGCUUCUGCUCCUGAUGUAGAUGACCCAGAGGCAUUCCCAGCUCUGGCCUAACUGGAUGCCAUAAUACAACACUGGUUCCUUUGUGGACCCUCCUGUUCAAAGCUUUUGCAUGCUUAAGGAUCCCAAACAACUAAGAAUUAAAAAAAAACAAAAAAAAAAAGACUGUCAUUCAUACCAUUCACACCUAAAGACUGAAUUUUAUCUGUUUUGAAAACGAACUUCUCUAGCUACACAGAAGUAACAAAAUAUGUUAGUCAGUUUUGUAUUUAGAAAUGUAUUGGUAGCAGGGAUGUUUUCAUAAUUUUCAGAGAUUAUGCAUUCUUCAUGAAUACUUUUGUAUUGCUGCUUGCAAAUAUGCAUUUCCAAACUUGAAAUAUAGGUGUGAACAGUGUGUACCAGUUUAAAGCUUUCACUUCAUUUGUGUUUUUUAAUUAAGGAUUUAGAUGUUCCUUCAAUUACAAGCUGGUUUUAAAUAUU